GGAGGAGAAGAAAGAGGCAGUCAAUUGUGCCGUUCCUGUUUUCGCAGAGCUCACCAUUAUUUCAGUCAGGAUUGGAGGGCUGCGUGCGUGCGAGAGAGAGAGGGAGUGUGUGCGUGUGUUUAGUGCCGCACCCCGUCUCUUCGCGUGAAACCUCCAUCAUCCUCAUCAUCACCGGCACAGAGCCCGGGUUCACCUCUCGGACGGGUCUGCGGCGGGAGAUGGGAGAGGAGCAGCCUCCUCUCUGCCUAUGACACGGACACACCGGGCGGGAAUGAUGGCGAUCAGCAGCCGGAAAAUGUUGCACUUGAUCGGAUCCGCCUUCUUCUGGCUGCCGCUGUGCGCGGAGGUGCUGACUGCGGACAGUUACUUGAAUGAGGUGCAAAACUCUGUGCCCCUGUCCUGCUCCGAGGGAUUCACUGAGCUGGGUUACUACAAUGGCACCGUGUCCCAGACGGAUUCUGGCGUCCCUUGUCUCAAGUGGACUGAGUUUCCCGACUAUGUCAUGCAGUAUCCAGGUCGAGGACUCGGAGAUCACAACAAUUGUAGGAACCCGGACCGGGAGUCAAAUCCAUGGUGCUUCUUCAGACAGAACACUGGAGCGAUCGGAUGGGCCUACUGUGACUGUCACCAGGGUGCUGCUCGUCUGGUUGGUGGCCUCACGUCUGGAAGUGGGCGAGUGGAGGUCUACUUGAAUGGCCAGUGGGGGGCAGUGUGUGACUCCCACUGGACUGACAGGGACGCCAGUGUCGUCUGCCGUCAGAUGGGUCUGGGGGAGAUCGGCACGGCAUUGCAGCACGCGCAGUUCGGCUCUGGCUCAGGUCUCUUCCACUACGAGCGUCUGGGAUGCCGCGGGGACGAGGGCAGUGUCAGUGCCUGUCGCAGCAGAACUUUCGUCACCGGAGACUGUAACCAUGGAAACGAGGCGGCAGUGGUCUGCGCACCACCGGAAGGAAGUGGGCCUCCACUCAGGCUGGUAGGAGGGGAGGAAGACUUUGAGGGUCGAGUUGAGGUCUUUCACGCCGGGAGGUGGGGCUCUGUCUGUGAUGACGCAUGGGACGACAGAGAUGCCGAGGUGGUGUGCAGACAACUGGGAUUUGGUGGCGUGGCCAAGGCUUGGUCUUGGGCCCACUUUGGUCAGGGUUCUGGGCCCAUCUUACUGGACGCUGUGAAGUGCUCUGGGAACGAGCUCUUUUUGGAGCAGUGUCCACAUGGAGACUGGGAGCAGCAUAACUGUGACCACAUGGAGGAUGCUGGGGUGUCCUGCAGCCCCUACACAGACGGUGUGGUGCGCUUGGUUGGGGGGGACCACCCCUGGGAGGGACGCGUGGAGGUGUUCCACAAUGGCGACUGGGGGACCGUGUGUGACGACCACUGGGCGCAGCAGCAUGCGGACGUGGUGUGCAGACAGCUGGGCUACAGGGGUCACGCUGAGGUUGUGGCUGAUGGAACAUUUGGGGAGGGGGUUGGUGUGAUUCUCCUGGAUGACGUCCACUGCGAGGGGUCGGAGACGUCCCUGCUGGACUGCAGUCAUGGAAUAUGGGGGCGGACGGACUGUUCGCACAGUGAGGAUGUUGGGGUUCGCUGCAGAGGGAAGCCCAACCAGGAGACCAACGAGAUUCCUGUCAUAGCACCAUCUACAGGUCCUCUCCUGCGUUUGGUGGGAGGCAGCAACAGAAAGGAGGGGCGAGUGGAGGUCUAUCUCCAUGGUGACUGGGGAAGCAUCUGCGACUCUGGCUGGAACGACCUGAACGCCCUGGUGGUGUGCCGUCAGCUGGGACACAGUGGAGGAGCAGUAGCUGCCACCGGUUUCGGGCAGGGGAAAGGACCGAUCCAUCUGGACCAAGUGAGGUGCACGGGGAAGGAGGAUUUUUUGGGUGAAUGUCCAUCACUGGGCCAGAGCAUCCAGGGCUGCCGGCGGAGGGAGGAUGCGGGAGUGAGGUGUGACGCCAUGCCAUUGAAGUCUGCGCCCCAAGUUCCUUCUCACGAGCUUAGCUGUGGACUGAGGAAAAUGGAGGGCCAGGAGAAGAAAGGGGGGAGCCAGGGAGACGACAACAUGCUGAGGAAGCAGUGGCCAUGGCAAGUGUCGGUGUGGCUCCAGACAGACGGGGAUCAUGCAGGUCCUGUCUGCAGUGGCACCUUGAUUGCCCCCUGCUGGGCACUUACGUCCGCCUAUUGUGUCAGCAGGUUCAGCAGCGACCCAUCCAGGUUGUUAGUGAGGUUGGGCGCCUCGGGGCAGAGCCUCACCCCGGAGCGUGUGGUUCUUCACAGGAAGUUUAAGGGUGAAAGCGGCGGUCAUGACCUGGCUCUACUGAAGCUGCCCAGCUCUAAGGGUCAGUGUUUGACCUUCGACCACAACACCAACGCAGCUUGCCUUCCAUCAGGAGACGUGGCACCUGUGGGGGGAUCUCCUGUCUCCUGUGUUGUCAUGGUUACGACUGGAUGGUCAGGGGCGGACUCAGCAAUUGCGUCCUGGGUACCUCUCAUGUCACCAUGGCAAUGUAAGAAGCACUACGGCGAUAGCUUCUCCAGCCACGGCACCCUCUGCGCAGGCAGUCCUCCAGACACCAGCAUGCUCCAUGACGACGGUUGCCAGGGCAACUCUGGAGGAGGGUUAGUGUGUCAGGCAAAGUCAGGCCGAUGGGUCCUCGCUGGGGUCGUCGCCGGUGGAUACGGCUGCGCUGACCCCUCCUCCCCCGCCCUCUACACCCGAGUCAGCCGCUUCCGAGGCUGGAUAGAUGAGGUGAUGAAUCCCAGAGUGCACCAGGAGGAAGAAGCUGUGCAGUCACACAGUGACCAGGAGCAGCAGGCCUACAGUCCUGCACACACACAUCAGGAGACCACCAAUGAGAUGAAUGAGAUCAGACCCAAACAUCAGUCAAACAACCGUCAGCAUCUUCACAUGCACCGCUCAGGGGACAAAAACUCACCGAUUCUGGUCUGAGCCAGGCACGCGUCAGUGGCUGACCACCAGCGCCAAGUGACCGCUGCCUCAGGAGACUGAAGAUGAAGCAAAGAUGCUGUAAACUUGAUUUUCUGCGCUCAAGGUCUGGUGUUUGAGCUUCUCGGCUGCACAUGUGUGAGUGCUCCCUGUCCGGUACUUCUAUGUUAAGAAGGAAGAACAGAGACUCUUUGGUUGUUCUAGGUCAUUGUGGUCUUUCUCAGAAAAAAAGAAAAAAAAAUCAGCAUGAGAUUUGAAUGAAGGACGAGGACUAAAACUCAAUAGUCUCUGGUACCAAUCACCCGGGUCAUGCAUAUCUAUGUCUCUCAAACAUUGCUCUGUCAUAUGAAACAAACUGACCCACAAUACGUCCUCAUCCCUACCUUCUUGUAGAUACAUUCCUCUCAUGCUUUUUUAUACAUAAAAAGACAGUAGUAUCAAACAGGGCUUUUCUCUUACCCACGACUAUUUGAAGUAUACCAGCGUCUCUGCAGUGUUGAAUCCACUUUCCAGUGACAAAAAAGUCAUUUGGGAUUGGAUUAUACGGGUUAUGAUCAACGCAUACCUUUGUUAGUUAGUGGUAGAAACCAGAAACAUUUCAUUCAUUCGUAUAAUUAAUAAACAGCUUAAGCAAUCAAAACACAAGUCAUGAAGUAAGUGAAGCAGAAAUGAACAUUGUUAGCGCUUAAUGCAGGUCACUCACCUCCAUCUGACCAAUCUGUGGAGUGAAAACGUUACUGCUUGUCGCAGACUGGAGGAACUACAACUACAUGUAUGAUGAAAUCAGGUUUUCAACCUGACGUAUCUAUACAUUUCAGUAGAAACUGAAAUGUCUGAAGGCUAAUGCAAAAAUACACAAUGUUAUUGUCUUGGCAGCGGGAAGCUAGCAGCCACAUAAUUCAUUAUUGUUGACAAACUUGCUCCUCGAGUGUAGGGGAACGCAAAACUGCAGAAACACUGUUAUCCGUCAAAACUAGCAAAAAGUCUUAGAGCCAUCGAAGGUCGUGUUUUUUUUUAUUGUUAUUAAUCCGAUAGAUAGGCUGAUAGAUAGUGUGAUAGUUUCUCUUCCUGUCUAGAGCAUAUAGAUAGUUUUCAUUUCCACUGUAGGUGCGUGGUUUGACCUGGAGGUGGUGCUGUUGUCCCUGCCACCGAACAUCUGCUUGUUUUCUACAGUUCAUGUGAAGCCAACUGUACAGUGAGUGUCCUGUGAUUAACUGUACAUAAGCGAGUGUUUAGUUCUUACUUCUGUAUGCGUUUACAUGUGUGUGUGUGUCUGAGGCCGCAGUGUUACAUGUUCAAAUCAUUGUUGAGUAUUAAAUAUGGAAUCAAAACUACCUCUGGAGUCG